GGGUUGGCUGCGGCGGUGAUCGCGGCGGCGGCGGCCUAGAGAGCGGUAGUGGUUCCUGCUCUUGUUUUAAUAGUUCCCUCCGCCCCCUCCCGUCGGACGCUGUUGUGUGGUUGCAGUACAAAAAUCAACUUUAUUGUUCCUCAGCCCCACCUCCCGGCGCGGCGCGCCUACUCAGGAUGUACUGAGGCAGAGGGGAGGGAGGCGGCGGCGGGUCGCAGUCGCGGUCCCUCUCCUCCGAGCGCCCGGCCGGAGGGGAGGGAAUCACGAUGUCUGGGAGCCGCCAGGCCGGGUCGGGCUCAGCCGGGACCAGCCCUGGCUCCUCUGCGGCCUCCUCGGUGACUUCCGCCUCCUCGUCCUUAUCCUCUUCCCCGUCGCCCCCUUCCGUAGCUGCUUCGGCCGCGGCGCUGGGGUCCGGCGGGGCGGCCCAGGCCGCGGGCUCCGGCGGCCUCGGGGGCCCGGUGCGGCCUGUGCUGGUGGCGGCCGCAGUGUCCGGCAGUGGCGGCGGGAGCGGCGGCGGGGCGGUGUCCGCGGGCCUGUCCCGGCUCAGCUGCGCAGCCAGGCCCAGCGCCGGUGUAGGAGGGAGCAGCUCCAGCCUAGGGAGCGGCAGCAGGAAGCGACCUCUGCUUGCCCCCCUGUGCAACGGGCUCAUCAACUCCUACGAGGACAAAAGCAACGACUUCGUCUGCCCUAUCUGCUUUGAUAUGAUUGAGGAAGCAUACAUGACGAAGUGUGGCCACAGCUUUUGCUACAAGUGUAUUCAUCAGAGUUUGGAGGACAAUAAUAGAUGUCCCAAGUGUAACUAUGUUGUGGAUAAUAUUGACCAUCUGUAUCCUAAUUUCUUGGUGAAUGAGCUCAUUCUCAAACAGAAGCAAAGAUUUGAGGAAAAGAGGUUCAAAUUGGACCACUCAGUGAGUAGCACCAAUGGCCACAGGUGGCAAAUAUUUCAGGAUUUGUUGGGAACUGACCAAGAUAAUCUUGAUUUGGCCAAUGUCAACCUCAUGUUGGAGUUACUAGUGCAGAAGAAGAAACAACUGGAAGCAGAAUCACAUGCAGCCCAACUACAGAUCCUUAUGGAAUUCCUCAAGGUUGCAAGAAGAAAUAAGAGAGAGCAACUGGAGCAGAUUCAGAAGGAGUUAAGUGUUUUGGAAGAGGAUAUCAAAAGAGUGGAAGAAAUGAGCGGCUUAUACUCUCCUGUCAGUGAGGAUAGCACAGUGCCUCAAUUUGAAGCUCCUUCUCCAUCACACAGUAGUAUUAUUGAUUCCACAGAAUACAGCCAACCUCCAGGUUUCAGUGGCAGUUCUCAGACAAAGAAACAGCCCUGGUAUAACAGCACAUUAGCAUCAAGACGAAAACGACUCACUGCUCAUUUUGAAGACUUAGAGCAAUGUUACUUUUCUACAAGGAUGUCUCGUAUCUCAGAUGACAGUCGAACUGCAAGCCAGUUGGAUGAAUUUCAGGAAUGCUUGUCCAAGUUUACUCGAUAUAAUUCAGUACGACCUUUGGCUACAUUAUCAUAUGCUAGUGAUCUCUAUAAUGGUUCCAGCAUAGUUUCUAGUAUUGAAUUUGACCGGGAUUGUGACUACUUUGCAAUUGCUGGGGUUACAAAGAAGAUUAAAGUCUAUGAAUAUGGCACAGUCAUUCAGGAUGCGGUGGAUAUUCAUUACCCUGAAAAUGAAAUGACCUGCAAUUCCAAAAUCAGCUGUAUCAGUUGGAGUAGUUACCAUAAGAACCUGUUAGCCAGCAGUGAUUAUGAAGGCACCGUCAUCCUAUGGGAUGGAUUCACAGGACAGAGGUCAAAGGUCUAUCAGGAGCAUGAGAAAAGGUGUUGGAGUGUUGACUUUAAUUUGAUGGAUCCUAAACUCUUGGCUUCGGGUUCUGAUGAUGCAAAAGUGAAGCUAUGGUCUACCAACCUAGACAACUCGGUGGCAAGCAUUGAGGCGAAGGCUAACGUGUGCUGUGUUAAAUUCAGCCCCUCUUCUAGAUACCAUCUGGCUUUCGGCUGUGCAGAUCACUGUGUUCACUACUAUGAUCUUCGUAACACUAAACAGCCAAUCAUGGUAUUCAAAGGACACCGAAAAGCAGUCUCUUAUGCAAAGUUUGUGAGUGGUGAGGAAAUUGUCUCUGCUUCAACAGACAGCCAGCUAAAGCUGUGGAAUGUAGGGAAGCCAUACUGUCUACGUUCCUUCAAGGGUCAUAUCAAUGAAAAAAACUUUGUAGGCCUCGCUUCCAAUGGAGAUUAUAUAGCUUGUGGAAGUGAGAACAACUCUCUUUACCUGUACUAUAAAGGACUUUCUAAGACUUUGCUAACUUUUAAGUUUGAUACGGUCAAAAGUGUUCUGGACAAAGACCGAAAAGAAGAUGAUACAAAUGAGUUCGUUAGUGCUGUGUGCUGGAGGGCACUGCCAGAUGGGCUGGAUGGUUUAUAACACUUUAGAAAAUUUUCCUGACUGGAAGAGGGCCAAUCUGAAUGAACUCUUGUCUGUCUUGGGCGUGGAAGGAAAGAAGAUUCUGAGCAUGGACCCUGACUUCCAGGAAGACUGUGGCUCCCGUCUUCUCCUAAGUGCCCCACUCAUCCCUUAGUGUCCAGACUAGAGUGGGGUAGGGGAGUAGAAAAUAGAGGAGACAAGAAGGUUGUGGAAAACUGAAGCAAACCUGUAAUUUAUCUCUUCUUUAAAUCUACAUCAAGUGUAAAUAUUCCUUAACCUUAAGGUGCACUACUGUAUGGACAGUUCCUGUGAAAACAUUUCUUGCAUUAAAUAUUUUAUGGUGAAAAUGUAAUGAAAUCAACAAAAUAAUUUAGUGGGUCUGUAGGUCGACAGAUAUUUAAAAUAUUUCAUUAUUUUCAUUUUUAUAUGUACUAUAAUGGAAUUUGACUUAUAUUAGAAUGGUUCUUAUAAUUUUUUUCCUCAUUAAAUACUUCUUUAAAAAUAGUUUUUGUCCUGAAGUAUGCCAAUUUUGAAGAAUAGAAUCGACACAGAUCUUUAAGCUACUUGGUUUUGGGUUUUGUUUUGCCAUUUUUAAGGGAAAAAAGAAAUAUACUAAUUUGAGAGUGCAUUCUGAAUUAUGCC